CCGAAUCCACUGCUCCCUUGGUCCUAACGCUCAUCCCCUCUCGCCGUCCUGGACGACGAAUACGACGAUAUCCCACUGUGAAAGGUCCUAGGGGCCUGCUACCGCUAUCCCUCGUCCUCACACCGGCGUUAGCUGCUGCAAGCUCUCCCGAUUCCGGCGUCCGUGGCUGCCCACGGUUAUGCCGUUCAGAUCCCGCACAUCGCUCAUUAGCGAAGCUGGUUCGUCGACUCAGCAGGAAAACGAGCGUCCGACCUCCAGCCUCAGCGUAGAGAAGGUCUCGACUACGAUUGCCCUCACGCCAAUGUCUCGCAGCCAGAGCGACAAGGGCUUGCCCACUCCCGUUACUCAACGGGUUACUUCCCCCCUUUCCUCACGUCGGAAGAAGAGAACUCGGAUCGUCGACAGUGCGCGAGCCAGAGGGCUCCGCGUAUACUGGGAACGUUUCCUCCGCAAGAUGGGUUCUGGCACAGCACCUUCGUCUUCGUCUGCCAUUGAUGACAGUACUGGCGAGAGCAGUACUUCGAAUCGUACGAAGCCCACCGAGAAGGAGGACCCGGACAUUCCAUUGGACGAGGUGGUGGUGGAUCGAGAGUGGGCAGACGACGUGAAGACAUCAAGUGUGACCAACUCGGACCAGGGCCAGAGUCCCGACAAGAGCGGCGGGAGCAAUCACCUGGGAGGAACGAAUACCGAUCGAGAUAGCCUUGCAAUACGCUCAGACGGCUUCUGGGGUUCGUGUUUGCCCCUCAUAUGGCUCAGGUGGCGACUAUGGCCAUUCCUACACGGUUUCUUCUCUACACGUUUCCUGGAUGAAAAAUCGGAGGAGCACUACAACAAGGAGAACUGGUUUCUGCGCAAGAACUUGGCAGUGUGGUCUUCCCUGUUCUAUAUCCUCAACUGGAUACUGGCGACUGCAUUCACUCCAAAGCCCGCUCCACUCCCCGAUGUCAUCUUCUAUUAUGCUGUGAUGCCCUUAUUCACGUUCCCGCUCCUCAUUCUGGUCAUACUUGAUUGGCCUCGCGACAGGCCGAUCACAUAUGAAAUAUUCCUUUCGUUCUCAACAUGGUCGUGGGGAAUCUACCAGCUUGUGUUCAUGCGACUAUGCAACUUUUACCUCCCUAAUGACCCAGGAAUCUAUUCUUGCCAGGAUAAGGACUUUCUGGCAACGUUCUACUAUACGACGGGUCUGCAGACGAUUGCGCUCUUCGGCCUCAAGCAGCACAGAUUUCCUGCGCUGUUGGGGAUGUUGGCUUUCCUCGCUGUCGCAUUUGCUUUGGUUGUCCCCCAACGGCAUCAGUUUUCCCGCUACGUGGUAAACUUCAUCUCGUUUCAAAUUUUCCUGCUCUACGUGCAUUUCAUGCGCGAGAAUGCGGAGCGCCGGCUCUACACGCUUCGGGACCAACUCAAAAUCCAGUUCCGUGCAACGCAGAAGGCGCAGGUCAACGAGCGCAAGGCGUCGGACUCGAAGCGACGGCUGACGUCCUAUGUUUUCCAUGAAGUGCGUGUACCCCUCAACACUGCUCUCCUCGCCGUCCAGAAUAUGGAGGCAUCGGGCAUGGUCGCCAGGGGGCAGGAAAUAGAGUUCAAAGCUCUCGAAGGAAGCCUGAGCAUGAUGUCUAAAGUGUUGAAUGACGUGCUCGACUUCAAUAGGAUGGACAGCGGACGCUUUGAGAGUGUUCUCAAGCCGUACGCGUUCCACAAGGUCAUGCGUUCGCUGUUCGUUCCACUCCAGCUCGCGACGGACGCACGGAGCUUGCACUUCGUGACCGAGCUAGAUAAAAGCAUCGAUGAUGUCGCGCGGCGUGCCCUGUAUGAGGCGAUGGGGCUCAGCGAGGAGGAGAUCGUGAAGCGUCUCGACCUGGACGAAGACGGAAUUCUAGUCGGUGAUGAGACGCGUCUCAGGCAGAUCAUCACGAAUUUAGCUAGCAACGCAUGCAAGUUCACACCUACAGGUGGAAAGCUGACAAUAACGACACGCCUGAUAAAACCCUCUCGUCUCCCACGUACAAUGACGCUAGAGUCGACGUACAGCGUCCGCGAGGUCCCGCGAGAUACGUCCCCACCGCGCCCGGGGCCUUCUACAGAUUCAGAGACACCCACUUGCAGAGACGGCGACGAGGGUCACGUACAACUAUCCGCCUCUUACCUUUCGCAACAUAACACGAUUCAUGCGAAACCGCCGCCGCCGCUCGAGUUCGUCGUUGUACGGAUAGAGGUCACAGACAGCGGAUGUGGCAUACGGCGGAAAGACAUGGUUCAGAGCAAGCUCUUCUCCGCAUUUAAUCAAACAGAGAUGGGCAGACAGCAAGGUGGAAAGGGCACAGGUCUUGGGUUGGCUCUCGUCCGCCAGAUUGUCAAGCUCAGUGGUGGUCGCCUCGGUGUGCGGUCCAGGGUUGGCGAAGGGUCGACGUUCUGGGUGGAGCUUCCUCUUGGAGUUGGUAUAAAGGCUCUUCCCGGUCUGAAGUCUGUCGAGACACCGGACAGUGUCGGCGACCACGACUACAGCUUGGCUGGGAUCAUGUCAGGUCCAGGAACAAGCCUACCACCCAGAAACUUAGCUCAAACCUUUCAGCCUCAGACAGCGACGCCGAACAGGACGACAUCCGCGCUGCACAGUAUCAUGGAGCAAGGUGGCUUGGUCGAGAUAUCUGCAAAACGAGAUGACAACUCUCCCGUGCUAACACGUACGAUCGGUGACCCAUCCACAGGCACGGAUCCUACUCCACCUGAAGCCAAAGAGGAGGCCUCGCCUACCCGGUCGAGCUGCGAACUGCCUGAGUUGCCGGCCCAUACAGUGGAGCCAGUCGCGCGGCCGAACUACGUACAGCUGCCUGCUCCGCAGGACUUUUCGCGGCACGGGUUCCCGACCUCAACAGGGUCUUCGUCGACGCUCGUACAGGGGCAAGGAGGGGCGGCCACGCCCGGCACGCCCGGCUUCGAGCACGGGAUCAAAGUGCUCGUCGUCGAUGACGAUCCGCUGACGCGCAAGCUCAUGUCGCGCAUGCUCACGCGCUUCGGGUGCAAGGUCUCGACAGCCGAGAACGGCGAGAUGGCGCUCGAGAUGAUCCUCGGCAUCGGCGGGGCUCGCAACAUCGGCACGACGCCCUCAUCCGAGGAGCCGAGCAGUGCGGGGAUGUCUGCCGAUGGCGCGCUCGGCGUGCGGACGUCCGCCGGGACGGACGAGCCCAAGUAUGCGGUCGUCUUCCUGGACAACCAAAUGCCUGUUCUAUCCGGCCUCGAGACCGUCGCGAAGCUUCGUGAGAUGGGACGCAGCGACUUCGUGGUUGGCGUUACUGGUAAUGCCCUAUUGUCUGACCAACAAGAGUAUCUCGAAGCGGGCGUGGACCAUGUACUCACGAAGCCUGUCUUUGAGAAGAGCUUGCGGGCCAUGCUCGUUAUCGCCGAAGAGCGACGAAAACGCGGGACGACACCGCAGAACGAAGUCCCCGAUCCGGCCGCACGCUCAUAACGCCUUCUCACGCUAACUUACACUGGUCUCUAAUAUGCAUUCUCUUUCCUCUCUGCAAUCAUACUAUCCUCUUUUGCAUCUGGGCCAUAGACGUUUGGGGAUGAAGCUGUCUUUUUUCUCUUGCCGUUUUCAUGGGUACCUAAUCAUCAGUAUUUCUUUCGGAUCUCGCUGCAUCGCUGUCGCAUUUUUUGUAUGUUAAUAGCCAAGCAUAUGCUCUCAUGCCUCGCCUAGUACGUUACCCGUGAUACCUCUUGCAUCAGACUUCCGCGUUGUAUAUUAGUACACCUCAACAACCCUUACUGACGUCCUUAGACUUGGUUCGCGCUUGCCAUAUAUAUGCGCUCAUCCCAAG